UUCUCUUUCGGCGAGGGCAGCAGGAAGAUCGCCAGGCGUCGCUCCUUCGCUCGCUCGCUCGCUCGAAUCCAGGUUUGCUUCAUCGGCAUUGCUCGAGCGGUGCCUCCCGAUCCUCGAUCCAGUGCCUUCUUGCCGAGAUCGGUCGAUAUUUCGAGUGGAAUUCACCGCGAUUUCCAUCCCGGGGCGCUCGCCUAUGAGGGUUUCGUGAGGAUCCCAUCCAUUCCAGCGGCGCAUCGACAAUGGCAUCCAAGUUCCACAGCUGCAAUGGCAAGACGCUCGAGGAGCGCGUGGCGGAGAUCAGGGAGCUGCUCGGCAAGGCCGACGGAGAUGUCCUCAAGAUCGUCGGUGUGGGAGCCGGCGCGUGGGGCAGCGUCUUCGUGGCGAUGCUCCAGGACGCCUUCGGCCACCUGAGGGAUUUGGUCCAGGUCCGGGUGUGGCGGCGCGGGGGCAAGGCGGUGGACAAGAAAUCCGCCCAGCACCUCUUCGAGAUCAUCAAUUCCAGGGAGGACGUGCUCCGGCGGCUCAUCCAAAAGUGCGCCUAUCUCAAGUACGUGGAGGGGCGAUUGGGCGAUCGAGUGCUCUACGCGGACGAGAUCUUGCGCGAUGGCUUUUGCAUCAACAUGCUGGAUACGCCGCUGUGCCCCCUCAAGGUGGUCACCAAUUUGCAAGAGGCUGUGUGGGACGCGGACAUUGUCAUCAACAGCCUUCCUUCCACGGAGACCCGGCCAGUGUUUGAGGAGAUUGGGAGGUACUGGCGAGAGAGAAGAACCAUGCCCGUGAUCAUAUCGCUAUCAAAAGGAGUCGAGGCAGCUCUCACGCCCGUGCCACACAUUGUCACUCCAACGCAGAUGAUCAGCGAAGCAACCAAGGUGCCUCUAGAGAACAUUCUUUAUCUAGGUGGACCAAACAUCGCGGCGGAGGUUUACAACAAGGAGUACGCAAACGCCCGGAUCUGUGGCUCCGAGAAGUGGAGGAAACCUUUGGCUCGUUUCCUGAGGCAGCCGCAUUUUGUGGUGUGGGACAACAGCGACCUCGUUACUCAUGAAGUCAUGGGAGGCUUGAAGAACGUCUACGCAAUUGGUGCCGGUAUGGUUGGCGCACUGACAAACGAGAGCGCGACGAGCAAGGCCGUCUACUUCGCGCAUUGCACGUCGGAGAUGAUCUACAUCACGCACUUCCUGGCCGAGGAGCCCGAGCGCUUGGCCGGGCCUCUUCUGGCGGACACGUACGUGACUCUACUAAAGGGACGCAAUGCCUGGUAUGGGCAGAAGCUCGUGGAAGGGGAGCUCAGGCUCGACAUGGGAGACAGCAUCCAAGGCAAAGGCAUGAUACAGGGAGUGUCAGCCGUGGAAGCUUUUCAUGAAUUGCUCAGACAACCAAGCCUGAGCGUGAUGCACCCAGAUGGUAACCGGCCCGUGGCUCCAGUUGAGCUCUGUCCCAUACUGCAAAUGCUUUACAGGAUCCUCAUCAAGAGGGAGUGCUCGCCAGAGGCCAUCUUGCAGGCUUUACGUGACGAGAAUAUGUAUGAUCCCAGGCGCCGGAUAGAGGCAGCGCAGGGCAAGGACUGCUACAUGCCGCAGCUCCUGGGGAACGUAAAGACUACCGCAAAUGGUGUGAUCAAACAGGUCUUGGCAUAGAUUUCACGGUCGGGUUUUUUUUUUCUGGCUCUUGGUUUCAUGCUUUUCUGCUAGAGAGCAUGCACGAUGUCAGUAGCAAUUGCCGAUAAAAACAGGAAACACGAAGAAAACAUCAGAUUCUUUCACA